AUGUCUCUCUCUGAGCAAGGGAAAACGCGAGCCGCGCUGGUUCUCCCCGGAGGACCACUUCAUGCUCUAUUCACUGCCAUCCAAAAUGAAUGGAGCCCAGACUUUAAGGAUGGAAUCUCCCGCCUCGAUGUUUCCGAGAAUGACCUUAUGGGGAAGGAGAUGGCCACGAUUUUGAAGUCUUUCGCUGCGGAGGCCAACCACAACUGGCUUACCUACCAAGGAAGUGCAACGCCGUCAUGCUCGAUCAAGUUACUGGAGUCGCUCGCGACCCUGAUAAACAAUCGCUUUCGACCACGACAAGUGAUUACUCCGGACCAGUUGGUUGGAGGCGCUGGGUGCAGCCUCCUCUUGGAAGGAUUGACACGGAUCAUUUGUGAUGAUGGGGAUAUCAUCCUCACACCGGCGCCUAUUUGGCCGAUCUUUCACACCAUCGUGGCGAACGCGAAUGUAUCCCUAUCUGUGGUUUCCUCUUAUGACGCUACAGCGACAACCUUUGGCGAACAGGCUGAGGUGAUAUCCAGUCUCCUCGACUGGAGCGAGGCGACUAAAACCCGCUGGACCACACGUGUCCAGCAGCUACGUUCUUCCGGUAAAAAACCGCGGGCCGUCCUGCUAAGUAACCCGCAAAACCCGUUGGGACGCUGCUAUUCCCGUUCCUUUAUCUUAGGAAUCCUAGAUUUCUGUCAAGAGAACGACCUUUUUCUCAUCUCUGAUGAAGUAUUUGCGCUGUCGCAUCACCACUAUGAAACCAUAAACGGAUACAAAAGUACGCGCGGAAGGAAUGGAAUGUACCCGGCUUGCGCAUACAAACUAGGCGUUUCGCAUGGUUUGUAUGCGCAAGCCGGGUAG